AUGUCGUAUAAUACCACCACCACUCCGCAAACUCCUCCUCUACGGCCUAUCCACUUUCCCGACGCCAAAUCAAAACCCCAGCUUCGCAUUGUUGAUACCUCUAUCAACCCGGAUGAGGCUCAUUGCCUUGACGAAGACGACAUCGACAACCAGCCAUGCUCACCACCCCAGUCACCGGUAUCAUCGUCCCCUUGGGAAGACGCCUCCGCCGCCUCAACAUCCGCCAGCAUUCCGUCCACCCCCACAACUCAAGUCAGCAUUCACGAACCUCUACUCUCCCAACAUGCCUCCAGCAAAUCUCAAACUGUAUUAUCCGAACCCAUCACCAAAGAGAUCAAGAUCCCUUCUGAAUCUUUCGGCGGCCCCAUCACUCCCUUACCGCCGCAAUGGAACCUCCGUGGAGACAUUUACACCUUUUCCUUCUGGACCUCGCCGAAAGCUGCCCGCUCUCUUCCCGAACACGCUUACUCUCCCCUCGAGGGAGUCACCUCUUUCGCCGAUGAAGCCUACAGCCGUCCUGCUGGCGGGCUGAGCAUGAUCCAGAUCCUGAGCUACAGGGAUUCGCCUAUAGGCCCUUACGACGAGAUGUUGGUUGCGCCGGGUAGUUUUGACUGGGAGAGGACCGAAGCAGAUGGCAAGAAGACGAGGGGAUGCAACCCAAAGAUUACGAGGAUAUACGUGUCAACGCCAAACAGCUGCUUCAAUGGGAGGACGAACUGGAACGUCCCCAAACAUCUCGCCAAAUUCGUCUGGGACCACCACGCCGACGGCACCACCACCAUCAAAAUCUACCCCCACGACGACCCGUCCAACCCAGACGAGUCCCAGCCCAGCUCCAGGCCGCUAUUCCAAACGACCUUCAAGCCAAUGUCCCUCGUCCCGCGCUUCCCCUUCGCCACCAGCUGGGCCGACCGCCUCGGCUUCAACACCACGCUCGUCAUGCCCCCCCUGCCCGCGGGCAACGGCACCUACGGCGAGCUCCCCAGCACCAACCGCUGGAUCAAGCUCGAGACGAAGCAGUACUGCAGCCGCAGCACCGCGGGCUGGUACGACAUUGCGCAGCCGGACGGCGGCGCCGGCUGUGGCGGGAUUGAGAAUUUCCUGCCGUGGCUGGGGAGGUGGCAGGUUGGCGUCAAGAUGGAGGAUGCCUUCCUGUCGUUUGAUGUCCCCCAGGAGGCGUGGGAGAAGGGGGAUAAGCUGGAUGACGCGACGACAACAUCUGACGACAAGAACGAAGACGAUGACGGAAAAGAAGAAGAAUUACGCAAUAAGCCGGAGGCAGGGAAAUGGAAUACCUCCUUCUUGCACGACUACUUUACAUAA